UCCCACUGAUUCUGUCACUAUGCCCCACUCAUUGUGGGCAAUACUUAUUGCACUGGCUGCCUUUUCCUCAAGUGUUCACUCUCAGGUGGUGCUGACCCAGUCAAGUGGAGCAUUGAAAAAACCUGGAGAAUCCCAUGAGAUGAUCUGUGGGACCAGUGGAUUUACUCUCAGCAGCACCUGGAUGAGCUGGGUCAGACAGAAACCGGGCCAAGGAUUGGAAUGGCUUGUGUAUUAUUAUGGUACUUCUUCUGGGCAUAGUUAUUAUUCUUCCUCAAUCCAAGGUCGAUUCACAGCCUCUAAAAGUGGCUCCAACUUUUAUCUACAUAUGACCAACCUGAAAAUAGAGGAUACUGCUGUAUACUAUUGUGCAAGAGACACAGUGAGAGAGACCACACCAAACUCCAGGCAAAAACCCUUUCAUGCAUUCAUCCAGAAAAACAUUAUGUCACCGCCAGGCACCAAAUGCGCCUCACAUGGUGUCCUUUCCAGCCCACAGCUCACCCAGUCUGGCCCAGAACUGGUGAUACCUGGAGGGUCUUUCAAGCUGACCUGCACCAUAACUGGUGCCCAAGCUAGUGGCAAUUAUUGGGGCUGGAUCCGACAAGCUGUAGGAAAGAGUCUAGAAUGGCUGGGCAACAUUCGGCGUGCAGGAGAUGGAGGAAACGACUACAAUCCAGCCUUUAUCCAGUUAACAGAAUCUGGAAGGGGACUGUUGAAACCUGGAGAAACACUUGAACUGACCUGUAGUGUUACUGGAGAGACCAUCACUAGCAGCUACUGGUGGGAUUGGGUGCGACAGGUUUCUGGGAAAGGACUGGAAUCGAUGGGAGGAUGGAGUGGAAGCUCCUACUAUUCCCCAGCACUGCAAAAUCGACUCACCAUCUCUGUGGAUCCUUCCAAAACCAAGUACUUUCUCCGGCUGUCCUCUCUGGUUGCUGCUGACAGUGGCUUCCUAUAUGCAAAUUUCAGAUUCUUCCUGUUUAAAUGGACUCACCAAAUGUUGCACCAUGAGCUAGUCAAUUUCUAUCUAUUCUGUAUCACAUUUGGGGGCAGGAGGUGGAAAGAGCAGCGUGUAGAGAUGAGAUUCAUCCUGCCUUUUCUUAUUCUGCAAUGCAUCUUACCUGGUGUCCUUUCCAGCCCACAGCUCACCCAGUCUGGCCCAGAACUGGUAACACCUGGAAGGUCUUUCAAGCUGACCUGCACCAUAACUGGUGUCCAAGUUAGUGACUAUUAUUGGGGCUGGAUCCGACAGGCUGUAGGAAAGAAUCUAGAAUGGCUGGGCAACAUUCGGAGCACAGAACGUGGAGGAACUUCCUACUACAAUGCAGCCUUUGUUAGUCGAAUCACCAUUAGCAGAGACACCUCCAAAAAUGAAGUAUAUCUUCAGCUGAACUCUCUGACAGCUGCAGACACUGCUGUGUAUUAUUGUGCAAGAGACACAGUGAACCAGACCAAAAGAGCAUCCAUGCAAAAACCUCACUCAGCUGGAUCAUAUGUGGUAAGGUUCAUCCAGGGAAACAAAGUAUUUGUAAAGAACAAAAUAGGAGAGAUAUCACCGUGCUACUACGGCUAUGCUUUUACUGACUGGGGCAAGGGAACAUUCAUUGCCGUCACAUCAGCACCUCUGUGCUACUGGUACUUCGAUUACUGGGGGAAAGGAACCAUGAUCGUUGUCACUUCAGCUUCCCCAAGUGCCCCUGUACUUUUCCCCCUCAUUCCAAUUGGGAGUGGAGAUGGUGAAAAUAUUGCAAUUGGGUGUUUGGCCAAAGAUUUCCUGCCUGACUCCAUCACUUUUGCCUGGAAUGAUCCAAAAAAUGCCACCAUCGAUGACAGCAACAUCAAGACUUUUCCUUCCAUUUCUGAUGCUUCUGGGACCUUCAUGGCAAGCUCUCAGACUGCAGUCUCCGUCACAGACUGGAAAGCACGUUCCGCAUUCUACUGCAAGGCUAAGCACCCAUCUGGAGAUAGAGAGAUUGCAGUCCGUGCAUGUUCCCCUAUGGGAUGUCUCACUGACAUGGCUGUCCGCGCACCACCUGUUAAAGCAUUCUCGAGCGCCUACCUAAAUGCCACCAUCACCUGCGAAGCUCUCCGUCUUGACACACAGAAAACCACUCUCAAGUGGUACAGGAAUGAAGAAUUGCUGGAUUCAGGUUUCGAAACCACCAAACCAACUCUCAACAGCCAGGGCUGCUACAACAUGAGAAGUAAACUGAUAGUCACCAAAGAGGACUGGCUUUCCGGUGUGAAAUUUUACUGUGAAGUACAAAAUCUCAAGUACAACAAUACCUUAGUUAUCAGCUUGUAUGACGUCUGUCCAGAUUCUGGACCCUGCAAUGGUGAUGACAUCCGUGUAGAGACUAUUGCCCCAACCUAUGCUGAUAUUUACCAGACCAGCUCAGCUAAACUGACCUGCAGAAUCUCCAACAUACCCUAUGGUCAGGAGCUUACAGAACUGAAUGUCACCUGGACACAGGAACCUGGUCACAAAAUCCUGAACACUGAAUAUGGCAAACCUACAGACCAGGGAAAUGGCAUGCAAUACAUUGAUGCUACAGCCACCGUUUGUGCAACCGAAUGGCGCAGUGGACAGACUUUCAGUUGCAAAGUUAAUUUUCCAGGCGCCCUUCCCAAGCCUGUGGAAAAAAAGCUGAGAAAGACCAUCAGUGGCAUCCCUCACACCCCAUCUGUCUACGUCCUUCCUCCGCCAUCGGAUCAACUCACAUUACGGGAAUCUGCCACCCUUACUUGCUUGGUGAAAAAUUUCAACCCUGCUGACCUCUUCAUGAAAUGGCUCCAUAAUGAUCAGCCAGUGAGCAGUCUCCAUUACUUCAACAGUGAACCCCAACCGGAAUCGAAGCAGUCUGAGGGGUACUUUGCCUAUAGUAUGCUGAACAUCAAUGAGCAGGAUUGGAGUGCUGGAGACUCUUUCACUUGCGUGGUGGGACACGAGACGCUACCUUUCAACACAACACAGAAGACCAUAGACAAGAACACGGCUUCUUUCCGAACUCCAGAAGAAACUGAAUCCAAUGUAUUGUCCAAAGCUUACCUAGAUGGGAUCGUGGACACUGAAGAGGAUGAGGAAUUCCAAAACAUCUCAUCAGUCCUUUCCACUUUCAUCAUCCUCUUCCUUGUGAGCCUGUUCUACAGUGCCACCGUGACUGUCAUCAAGGUGAAAUAACAAUGAAAGGAGUCACCUGACAUUGAACAAUAAAUUGCCAUGAAGAGUCCAUACCUUUUCACUUUCUUUCAACACCCUCAUACUCAAAAAUUCAACCUCUGCAUUCUAUUUUGCAUUAUGUUGCCUUGUUCUCUUCCUUUGUAUUGUGAUCUUAAAAAUCAAUUUGAACUGAAUAAGAUUUGAGCCAACUGUUUACAUUUUAAAUCAAUGGUGCAAUUUUGCUCAUUUAUCUCUGUGACUAUGUAUAUAUGUGUAUGUGUGCAAUUUUGUUGUUGUUAUUGUUGCUGUUAUUGUUAUAUCAGCCAUAGCCUUGUUUACUCAGCAAAAUAUUUUAAGCCUAGUCUACUCCUUAAAGAAGAGCUUACACUUUUAACUUCAAGUGCAAUAAUCAAAAUAAUUAUUUGACAGUAUGUACCCCAGAUAUAAUGUUUGUAAUUUCUAUUCUCCAAUAAAUGUAUAUUAUUCAUUAAAA